AUGCACGUUCCUGAAUCCCAACGACCUUUUCUGGAGGGGUGCAGAAGCAUAUUCACAAUAAAUAGAGAGAGAAAAGAGACAAGAACUAACGGUCACCAGAUUUGGUCGAAUCCCGAGCUCGCUUAUAAGGAAUACCAAGCUCACGACCAUAUCUGCGAGCUUUUCGAAAGUCUCCAAUCAAAUGGCUAUCAGGUUCGGCGAAAGGCCUACGGCCUUGAAACUGCUCUUGAAAUCGAGUACACGCAUGGCAAAGGUGGUCGGGUAAUCGCAUUCAAUGCCGAAUACGAUGCUCUACCAGGUAUUGGCCAUGCCUGUGGUCAUAAUCUGAUCGCAACUAGUUCGAUUGCAGCAUUUAUUGCCACGUGCGAGGCAAUGAAGGUGCAUGCCGAGUCAACUGGUACCCCUGGAUUUACCGUGCGGCUGCUAGGCACUCCUGCUGAAGAGUCGGGAGGCGGCAAGGUGAAAAUGAUCGAUGCGGGUGCUUAUAAAGAUGUGGAUGCCUGCUUGAUGGUGCACCCGGUCCCAAUGGCUCCAGGGGCCCCCGAUUUACAUGGUAUGGCAACGGUAAUUCAAGGAGGCUUUUUGGCCAAUGAUAAGGUGAAGAUUACUUUUACCGGCAAGCCAGCGCAUGCUGCAGCGGCCCCAUGGGAAGGCAUCAAUGCAUUAGAUGCCGUAGUAUCUGCCUAUGUGAACAUUAGUCUUCUCCGACAGCAGAUUCUUCCCAGCCAGAAAAUCCAUGGUGUCAUUGUGAACGGAGGUGAUCGACCGAACAUUAUUCCUAUGUCGGCGACAGUGGAUUAUUAUAUCCGGUCACCUACAAAGAAGUCUCUGAAGACUUUGACGGAGAAAGUAGUCAAAUGUUUUGAGGCCGCGGCAACUGCAACAGGCUGCAAAGUCGAAUUUGAUUGGGGUAUCUCCUAUGACGAUCUCAAGAGCAAUGUGCCAAUUUGUGAGAACUAUGUCUCUGCCAUGCGAGCAAUGGGUUACCACACCUUGCUCGAUAACUCAGAACAAAAAGGCGCUUUGGCUGGAGCAUCCACUGACAUGGGUAAUUUAUCAUAUGUCGUCCCCGGAUUUCAUGGGAUUUUCUGCAUCCCGGCCAAAGGUGUUAAUCAUACCCCCGAGUUUACUGGUGGUGCGGGAUCACCAGAGGCUUUUGCAAGAGCUACGCAAUGUGCAGCUGGAAUGGCUGUUGUGGCGUGUCAGAUUCUAGUGGACGACAAGUUUGCCGAGGAUGUUAAGAAGGAUUUCGAACGCGAGCGAUAG